AUGUCUGACACCAAUUAUCAGUCGCUUGAGAAGACUGGUGCUUUUGAGCGGCCAGAGAAACGGUCAAAGCGCUCAAAAAUCAUUAUAAUCGCCUCUGUAGUUGGUUUCCUCGUCCUCGUCGCUGCUGGAAUUGCUGUUGGAGUCAUCGUCUCAAAUAACAACAAAGAGAAAUCGACGGGAACCACCAACAGUGGCACCGGAACCAAGAGUGGCACCAACGCCAAUUCUGCUGACCCCAGUGUGUUUAAGAAAGAUUCAAGGCUUCACCGGUCAUUGUACGGCUUGGCUUACACGCCGGAGGGAUCAUUGCCGGAUUAUGGCUGCAGCAGCACUUUGGAGCAAGUCAUUCUCGAUGUUCAAUUGAUGUCUCAGCUCACCCCUCGCAUUCGUCUUUAUGGUGCUGAUUGUAACCAAACUGCCCUUGUGCUGGAGGCCAUUCGACAGACCAAAGUAGACCUACAAGUGUACCUAGGGAACUAUGUUGUCGAUGGUGACCCGGGCGCUUACGAACGGCAGCGCGAUGUCCUCAAACAGGCCCUUAUGACUUAUGGGAGCGACAACAUUGCAGGACUCACGGUCGGUAAUGAGUUCAUGUUGAACUAUGUGACUGCUCACAAAAUCGAGGAUGUCAAUAGCCCCGAAGCGGAUAUCGGUGCACAGGUUCUUAUUGACAAUAUCGCUGAUACAAGAGCGAUGCUCGCUUCACUGAAUUUGCCCAAGGCCAUUCCGGUUGGGAACUCAGAUGCUGGAAGCUACUUCAGCACCAAGGUCCUGGAGAAAGUUGAAUACGGGUUAUCCAACGUCCACGCAUGGUUUGCAAAUACCACAAUCGAGGAAGCCACACCUUGGGUCAGAAACUUUUUCCUAGAAACAAACAUCCAACCCGCCUCUCUUUUACCCAAUAGACCAACAAUGUUCCUUGCCGAGACUGGUUGGCCAACUGGAUCGAAAGAUGCCGGAAACGCAAACAAUGGUUUUGCCGAUGCAUCUACUGCCAAUCUCCAAAAGUUCCUCGACGAUUUUGUCUGCCAGGCGAACGCUGAUGGUCUCCCUUACUUUUUCUUUGAGUACUUCGAUGAAGAGUGGAAAGACGCGAAAUAUGGAGGCGUUGAAGGCUACUGGGGAUUGUUCAAUAAAGACCGAACCCUCAAAGACGUCAAAAUUCCUACCUGUUUAUCGCCGUGA